AUGGCAGAAACACGCUCUAGGGCAUGGCCCCUUGCCGAUGCUAACCUUACCAACAAGAUCCUUGACCUUGUUCAACAAGCAGGGCAAUACAAGCAACUGAAGAAAGGCGCCAACGAAGCUACCAAAACACUUAACCGUGGUAUUGCCGAAUUCAUCAUCUUGACCGAGGACACUGAGCCUCUUGAAAUUUUGCUUCAUCUUCCCCUUCUGUGCGAGGAGAAGAACGUCCCUUAUAUAUUUGUACCCUCUAAAGCCGCGCUUGGACGUGCUUGCAACGUCUCUCGUCCUGUUAUCGCCGCCAGCGUUACGACCGGCGAAUCGAAGGAGCUUUCGAGCCAAAUCACCUCUGUCAAACAUGCGAUUGAGAAGGAGAUGUACUAA